UCCUCUCUCUCUCAUCUCUCCUCCGUCUCUCACUCAUCACACACAUCUCUCUCUCUCUCUCUCUCCAAGCUACUAGCAAAUCUAACCCACAAACAUUUUUUUAGGCGUGUUUAUAGUUAUCACUUUACAGCUCAACUUCACUCCAUUCACUCUGAGCUGUAACCACAGAAUUGGAUCAAGGAAUUUGUCCGUUUUUGUUUGUUCUUCGGCUGCUGGAUGGCAUCAUCCACUGGAUAACUUAUGUUCAAGGGAGAAGCUAGAUGAUUUUUAGUGGCUUCGUAAUUGACCAGUGCCACGAUUGGAAGCUUUCCAAUGAAUUGUCAAAGGCCUUUGAUUCUUUGUGUGCUUGUGCUUUCAGUUGUUAUGGACAAUACUAGAGCUCUCAGUCUUGAUGGUGACGCUCUCAUAAGCUUUAGAACAGCCAUUCUCAGUUCUGAUGGUGUUCUACUUCAGUGGAGACCUGAGGAUCCUGAUCCCUGUGGAUGGAAAGGAGUACAAUGCGAUCCAAAAACACAGAGAGUUAUAUCUUUGAGCCUUCCGUUUCACAAACUCAUUGGACCGAUAUCACCAGAUAUUGGGAGGCUAGAGCAUUUGCAGUUCCUGGCUCUCCAUAAUAACAACUUCUUCGGGACAAUUCCUCCAGAAUUGGGAAAUUGUACGGAGUUACGCGCAUUAUCUAUGCAGGGUAACUACUUGAGUGGACCAAUUCCUAGUGCGCUUGGCAACCUUUCGGUGCUUGAAAAUCUGGAUAUCUCUAGCAACUCUCUCAGUGGUUCAAUUCCAGAAUCCCUUGGGAAAUUGUACAAGCUAAUAAAUCUGAAUGUGUCAAACAAUUUUCUGCGUGGGCCUAUCCCAUCCGAUGGUGUGCUUGAGAACUUCACAGAGAGCUCCUUUUUGGGAAAUCUUGGUUUAUGUGGGAAACAAGUCAACAAGAGAUGCGAUGAUGCCGGAGGUCCUUCAACAGACCCCCAGACUCCUAGUUCAGAAAACCAAGGUGGAAAGAAGAAGUACUCGGGGCGGCUACUUGUAAGUACGUCUGCUACUGUUGGUGCACUACUUUUAGUGGCACUGAUGUGUUUUUGGGGCUGUUUUCUUUAUAAGAGACUUGGUAAAAAGGAUGGCAGAGGUCUUGCAAUGGAUGCUGGUGGAGGGGCAUCAAUUGUAAUGUUUCAUGGAGACUUGCCAUAUUCUUCAAAGGAUAUCAUUAAGAAAUUGGAGACUUUGAAUGAGGAGCACAUAAUUGGUUCAGGGGGCUUUGGGACAGUAUACAGGCUUGCAAUGGAGGAUGGCAACGUAUUCGCUUUGAAAAAAAUUAUAAAGAUGAACGAUGGCUUUGAUCGUUUCUUUGAGAGGGAGCUUGAGAUUCUUGGAAGCAUAAAACACCGGUACCUAGUGAACUUGCGAGGAUAUUGCAAUUCUUCGACAUCAAAACUUUUAAUCUAUGAUUUCUUAUCUAAUGGUAGCCUAGAUGAAGCUCUCCAUGAAAGAACUGAGCAACUGGAUUGGGAUACACGGCUAAAUAUCAUUAUGGGAGCCGCUAAAGGGCUGGCCUACUUGCACCAUGACUGUUCUCCGCGAAUUAUACAUCGUGACAUAAAGUCAAGCAACAUUUUGCUUGAUGGCAAUUUGGAGGCUCGAGUUGCUGAUUUUGGACUAGCCAAGUUGUUGGAGGAUGAGGAAUCUCACAUUACGACUAUUGUAGCUGGAACUUUUGGUUAUCUAGCUCCAGAAUAUAUGCAAAGUGGUAGAGCAACAGAAAAGACUGAUGUUUAUAGUUUUGGGGUUUUGAUGCUCGAAGUAGUCUGCGGGAAGCGGCCAACUGAUGCAUCAUUCAUUGAGAAGGGUUUUAAUAUUGUUGGCUGGUUGAAUUUUCUUGUUUCAGAAAAUAGACAACGGGAGAUUGUGGAUCCAAACUGUGAAGGAGUUCAGGAAGAAAGCCUGGAUGCUCUUCUAUCGGUAGCAAUCCAAUGUGUAUCUUCAACGCCAGAGGAUAGGCCUACGAUGAACAGGGUAUUCCAAAUACUUGAAUCUGAGGUCAUGACCCCUUGCCCAAGUGACUUUUAUGAUUCCAACUCGGAUUGAAGCCUUAAGGAGGCAAUGAAGAAUCAUCCUUCUUGUCAGUUGCCGCUGCUGAUUCUCCCUAGAGACAGGGAACUGAGCAGUAAAAGGGGCCCACAAUCUGCAAAGUUUCGGUCUUUCCCCUUGGAUGUAUUGAAUUUUUUUCUGGAGUUCAAUGAUAGAAAUGCCUCCAUUCAUCUGCGCCCGAUAUCCUCGUAGUCAAUAGAGUUGGUCGGUCAUCAAGGGAACUUGGUUUGGGUUGGUGCAUCCAGGGUUUUCUUCCUAGCCUUGAAUGAAAUUCCACGCGAGUGAUCUGUUCCCCUUCUUUUUUUCUCCCUAUUCUUGUAUAAUAGUUUCACACUGCCCUUUCCAAAAGAUCCUUUGUUGUUCAUGGUCAUUUUUCUAUUAAUCUAUCGCAAUCACAAUAAUAGACACGCAGAAAAGAUCCGAGAUUUAUUGUCUGAACAUAUGCAAUUUGAGAUGGUUAUAUACAGUUUCUGUCAAUAUAUGUACACAUUUGUAGAA